UCGGCACACGCCCUCGAGCAAGUCUUGAGAAGCUUGACGGCAUUUAGGUUAUGUCGAAAGCGCGGGAUUCGAACUGAACGUAGCAGCGCGAUGUCGUUUCACGAAACCGACAUCGUAUGGUUAAAAGACGCACAUAUGCUUGUCGAAUUUUAUUUCUCACCACGUUAGUCAACAGUUAAUUUUGGCAAAUGUGCGAAGACCUGAUCGUCAAGGCAAUUGCAGAUUCCAGUCUCAGCCUGAACAACUUUCUGCAGUGCGAGUUUCACCCCAAGCAUGAUGACCCCUUGGCGGUGGACUGGAUAUUCAUCUUGGACACGUUGAAUUUUUCAUUCUGGACUCAAACAGGCGCCAAGAAAUGGACGGUGAAUGGGCAGACUGGCUACUUUGCUUUGUGUGCUGCUGUCAAGAGAGCCAUCGAGGAAGGAAAGCCUAUCUUGGAUCCUGCUUAUUACUCGAAGAUAACUCUGAGCGAUGUCGAAAGUAUCUUCCGGGGUGACGACGAGGUGAACAUUCCACUGGUAAACGAGAGACUUCAAGUUUUGCACGAAGCUGGGAAGGUUUUGUUGAGCAAAUAUCAAGGCACGUUCAAAACAUGUAUCGAGUCAUGCAAAGGAUCCGCAGCGAAAUUGCUCAACUUGAUCGUCAGCGAGUUCAAGGCGUAUCGAGACGAAGCCGUUUAUGAAGGACAGAGAGUUAGCUUCUACAAAAGAGCUCAGAUACUCAUAGGCGAUAUAUGGUCUUGCUUCAAAGGAUGCGGGAUCGGCGAGUUCCACGAUAUAAACUCUAUUACGAUGUUCGCCGAUUACCGCAUCCCUCAGGUCUUCUUAUACUUCAAGGCUUUCCGGUAUAGCGACUCGCUGCUGAAGAAGCUUCGGUCCGACGAGCUGUUGGAGAACGGAAGCAGAGAGGAGGCGGAGAUUCGCGGUUGCUCGAUCGAGCUGGUCGAGAGAUUAUACGCCGAGGUGCGAAGAAUGAUCGAGGACCCGAAAUCGCCCGUGAAGAGCCCGGAGGCCCUAAACACGGCGAAGCACGUCAACGCCGUCUUGAUCGAUCAAUUCCUGUGGGACUAUCGACGGAAGCAUGCCGCAGGUAUCGACGACCAAGUCGUACCGUUCCACAAAACGAGAUGCAUCUAUUAUUAGAGACAUUGCCACAAUGUCGUGAGUUGCUUCGAAUGAUCGCGUUGGAGAUUGAAAUAAUUUUUUAUUUGAACGUGGACGUUCAAAGAUCUUCACACAUUUUGCGCACAUGUGUCGUUAAUUCAAAGAAAAGAUGCGAUCAUUCGGGGAUUACUCGGGGAUUGAUGAUGCCUCUUGGGACUUGUACGUUGUUGCAUUUAUCACAAGUGUAAAAUGUCGAGCGCGCGAAAGCUGCUUACAAAGUUUCCCUGAAAAUAUAUCACUCGAUCGAUUAAAGAUUA